CCGCAGCUACCCACACACCUAGGGUGGACGAAAAUGCAAAAAUACGAGAGAUUCUGAAUGACGCCAACCCAGCAGCGGAACUAGACCCUGACACGAUUUUGCAGCGGCUACAGAAUGGACCGCCUUCGGCAAGCGCGUCCCCAUCUUCAGUGACCUCAACCGGCUCCUCAGGAGAGCAUAUUAAGAACAAGCUCAAAAAUAAAAAGCCCAAAGUUACUCUUGAAGAAUUUGAAGAAAGCCGGGCCCAGGUCAUCAAAGCCAUCUUCAAACUCAUCGCCUCCGUGCGACCAGCAAUCACCUACACAGAAAGACAUUCCAAUCGGGGCGACGACUCUCCACUAUCCCACAGUGUACUCACUGAGGAUCUGCUAUCCCAGUUUUUGCAGUUUUCGCCGGAGUUUGUUGACGCAUUCAAAUCUAGCCAUGCAGAUGCAGUCGAGAAAAUUUACGGCAUCAAGUUUCCACAGGGACUGUAUAAGGGAAACGGUGUGGUGAUGAUCGGUGGUGACGACUACUCGUGGCUCACCUUAGUGUCCAUCAAAAUCAUGAGAGACUUUGGGGGGGAUCUGCCCGUCGAGGUGAUCAUGCCCCGCCGAGUCGAGGCGGACGCUCUCUUUUGCGAUAAGUACCUACCUGAGCUGGAUGCCAAGUGUGUCUAUUUGACUGACUUGUUAGGCGAAAACUAUGAGUCUGAGAUCAACAUCAACAAAUACCAGUACAAGGGAGUUGCAUUACUGGCAUCCUCGUUCGAAAAUCUUUUGCUCCUGGACAGCGACAACUUGCCUGUUGCUCCGGUUACCGGCCAGCUAUUCAACAGCACACCUUUCUCUGAGUAUGGGAUGGUGUUUUGGCCCGAUUUUUGGAAAAGAUCCACCAGUCCCGUGUUCUACGACAUAGCUGCAACAGAGGUUUUGCCGAUUCGUGUCAGAGACUGCCAAGUGGACUAUCCUGAGUCUCAGUACUCAACCUUGCGUCCCAAAGAUGCCAGAACGCAAAUUCCUUACCACGACAGACUGGGCGCCAUUCCUGACAAAAGUACCGAAUCAGGCCAAUUGCUUAUAUCGAAACGAGAACAUGCCGAUGUGGUACUACUCUCACUAUACUAUAAUGCAUAUGGUCCUGAUGGCUACUACGCCCUUCUUUCACAGGGAGUGGCAGGUGAAGGAGACAAAGACACGUUCCCGGCAGCUGCUACCGUUCUCGAAAAACAAUUCUAUCAGCUCAAAAAGAAUGUUGGUGUUAAUGGGUUCAUGCGCAAUGGCGAGUACCGCGGAGUGGGGAUGCUGCAAUAUGAUCCGAUAAAAGACUACGAGAAUUUCCAGGAAUUUGUGAAACUCCACCAAAGCUCCGAUGAAAUGUUUGAAGCCCAAAAUAUGGACAAUUUCUUGGGCCCUGAAGAGAAAAGCAAAGUCAUGUUUGCGCACUGCAACUUCCCAAAAUUAUACCCUGAUGAACUGUUGCAGGACUUCGUCAUCAGAGACCAUGAGCAUAUCAAGAUUUUAGAAUCGAGCCAGAUUCCUGGCAACUACGAGUACCACUUCUGGCAAACUAUGUACGAGCUGAUUUGUUUGGAUUGGGUAGAUCUGGCAUAUACACGCAAUAAGGAGCAGAUGAGCACUCCAGAAGAGCGCACCAAGUUCUGUGACGGUGCCUUCAAAGAGCACGUUGAGUGGCUCAAAACGCAAUAAUCAGCUCAUGUAUUGGCUCGACGCGUCGAUCGUCUGCGGAGGCAAACAAAAUAUAAUUUUUCUUAAU